UUUUAAACAAGCAACUGGCUUUUCAGCUUCUGAAUCUAAGAGCAGUUUCCAGAGGAGCCAGAGGCAAGAGGAGCCCUAGGGGUGAUCCAGAGCAGCUGACUUGACUCCCGGCUGCAGCGUCUGCUCCAAGUUCCUGUGGCAUCUGGAUCUACCAAAAUGGAUCCUGUCUGUUUGGUGGAAAACCGGAAAAAUCAACUAUCAGUGAAUCCCGAAGCACUGAAGAUUCUGGACCAGAUAUCUCAGCCUCUGGUGGUGGUGGCCACUGUAGGGCUGUAUCGGACUGGAAAGUCCUACCUGAUGAACCGCCUGGCAGGACAAAGCCACGGUUUUCAUCUGGGCUCCACAGUGAGGUCUGAAACCAAAGGCAUCUGGAUGUGGUGUAUGCCCCACCCCUCCAAGGAGAGCUGCACCCUGGUCCUUCUGGACACUGAGGGCCUGGGCAAUGUGGAGAAGGAGGACUCCAAGAAUGACCUGUGGAUAUUUGCCCUGGCUGUGCUCCUGAGCAGCACCUUUAUCUACAACGGCAUGAACAGCAUCAACAAUCAGGCCUUGCAGCAGCUGCACUAUGUGACUGAAUUAACAGAGCUGAUCAGAACCAAAUCAUCUCCCAGCUCUGACGAAGUAGAGGAUUCAGCCAAAUUUGUGAGUUUCUUUCCAGACUUUAUUUGGACUGUACGGGAUUUCACGCUGGAGCUGGAGUUAGACGGAAACUCCAUCACUGAAGAUGAGUACCUGGAGAAUGCCUUGAAGUUGAUUCCAGAUGAAGAUCCCCAAAUUCAAAGUUUCAACUUGCCCAGAGAGUGUAUCAGGAAGUUUUUUCCCAAACGGAAGUGUUUCAUCUUUGACCGUCCUGCAAGCAACAAAAAACAAUUACUCCAUCUUGAGGAAAUGCCAGAUAAUCAACUGGAUGAGAAUUUCCAGAAGCAAUCGAAAGAUUUCUGCUCAUAUAUCUACACCCAUGCAAAGACCAAGACCUUAAAAGAAGGAAUCACUGUCACUGGGAAAAGGCUGGGGCCUCUGGUGGAGGCCUAUGUAAAUGCCAUCAACAGUGGAUCAGUUCCUUGUUUGGAGAAUGCAGUAAUAACUCUGGCCCAGCGUGAGAACUCAGCAGCUGUGCAGAAGGCAGCUGACCACUACAGUGACCAGAUGGCCCAGCAACUGAGUCUCCCCACAGAGACGCUCCAGGAACUGCUGGAGGUGCACGCAGCCUGUGAGAAGGAAGCCAUUGCAGUCUUCAUGGAGCACUCCUUCAAGGAUGAAAAUCAGGAUUUCCAGAAGAAGCUUGUGAUCAUGAUCGAGAAAAAGAAAGACCAUUUCUUAUUGCAAAAUGAAGAAGCAUCUGACAGAUAUUGUCAGGCUGAGCUUAAAAAACUUUCAGAGCCCUUAAAGAUGAGUAUUUCAGAGGGAACUUUCUUUGUCCCUGGAGGACACCAUCGCUACUUAGAAGCAAGGAACAAGCUUGAAGAGAACUACAAAUUCAUUCCCAGGAAAGGAGUUAAGGCAAACCAGGUCCUCCAGAGCUUCCUGCAGUCACAGGCAGGAGAAGAGGCAGCCAUCCUGCAGGCAGACCAGGCCCUCACUGAUGCAGACAAGGCCAUGACAGAGGAACGUACCAAGAGACAAGCAGCAGAGAUGAAACAGGAUCUGCUAACACAGAAACUGAAUGAUGAGAAGCAAAAAAUGGAGGCCCAAGAGAGAAGCCACAAGGAACAUGUAGCCCAACUGAAAGAGAAGUUCAAUAUGGAAAGAGAAAACCUUAUCAGAGAGCAGGAAGCAGUGCUGGAGCACAAGCUGAAGAUGCAAGAACAAAUGCUUACUGAAGGAUUUGAAAGGAAAGCCAGUGAAUUACAUAUUCAGAUACUUCAACUACAAAAGGAAAUAGAAAGAAUUAAAGAUGAUAAGUUCCUUGAAAUUUUAAGGAUUCUGUCAGGAAUUAGCCUUACGUUGUUAGCGUUCUCACGGCCUAGAGUUUUUAACCGUAUAUAGAUAUGAUGGAUCUCAGGUGAGUUGUUAAAUGAGCUGACAAUCCCUGUUAAGUACAUGAAAAAAAACUUGAUGUAAGGGUGGCUAAUCCUUGAAGUAUAUGUCACAGAGUUUCAAUCAAGAAAAGUGUAAAAAUAAGAGGUUAUUACCAAAGAAUCAGGGCCUGAUAUCCAAAUAUCUAAAUAAUUUUGAUUGACUUGGUCGAUUUAAAGGAAUGGAAAAUGAGUUAAAAGAUAAUGAUUGAUUCAUAGCCAAGUUUUAAGCAAAGCAUAAAAGAAGGGACACUCACCUAUGAUAUAGACAUGGAGAGAGUUUCUUUAGGCUCGAUCUAACAAGCCCUCAUAAAUCAGCAAGGAAAGGGUAACGACCACAUUUUUUAAAUGGGUAAACAUAUAAGAAGAUAAUUAAAAUGUUUAACUUUACUGAUUAUAAAAGAUAUGCAAAGUAUAAUUAGGGGAUAACUGUGUCACCUCUCAGGGGCCAAGAAGUAUAGUUUUGAGAGGACCCUGGCCUGGCAAAGGUUACAGGAAAGUGGCAGCCUGAUAUUUGCUAGGAAGAGUGCAGAUGUACACCAAAAUUUAAAUGCAAAUACUGUUGAUCCAGCAAGUUCUCACUGAGGGAUUUAUCUUAAACAUUUAUGUACCCAAGCUGAAUAGGGAAUGUAUGGUGGUACAUUUAUUGAAGGAUUGUUGUAAUUCCAAAAGACUGAAAACAUCUUUAAAGUCCCCCGAUCACAUACUAGUGAGGUAAAUCCUGAGACACAAUUACACAGGAAUACUCUAUAUCACUAAAGUGAAAAGGGAAACUCUAUUUGUGGUAAUGUGAGAAAAUCUCCAAGAUGUAUCAUAAGCAAAAUAAAUAAAUAAAUAAAGAUGCAGAAAGUG